CCCUCCCUCUCUCCUCCCUCUCCUCCCUCCUUCCGGUUCUUCAGAAGAGUGUCGAGCUCCGGAGAUGAGAGGAGGAGUUCUGGAGGAGAACCCUGGAGGAGCCAGGAGGAGGCUGCCCCGGCUGAAGAUCUGGGGCAACAACAAACAGAAGAACCAGCAUGAAGAGGACCAGCUGGACGCCUCGCAGCAGGAGGAGCAGCAGCAGGAGGAGCAGCUGGAGGACAUCAGUAGGAGGCUGAUUCUCAGGGAGGAGGAGCUCUUCAGCCAGGAUGUCCGGGGGGAGGAAGAGGAAGACCAGCUGCAGCGGGACUUUGAGGAUCUGAGGAUCCAGAUCUGGAUCACCGUCCACGGCACCUUCACCUCCGAGACUUCGAGAGACCUGGAGGUCCUGAGGAGCGCCAUGGCCUCCAUCCAGCAGCAGGAGCAGCAGGACCGGCGCUGGCAGGGCUGUCCCAAAGACCAGGUCCCGGUGUGGCGUCCUCAGAGGUGGCUCAGUACCCACAACCAGCUGCUGCAGAAGAUGGUGGAGGCCAGACUGUCUCAGGCCGCAGAGGACAACUCUGCUGAAGUGGACCAGCUGUCCUCUGCUGUGAAGAGACAGGUGUGCUGCACGGGGAAGCGGGUGAAAGAUGACCUGCUCACGGUGAUGAAGACGGUGAAGGACUGUUACCCUACCAGCAUGGACAUCCUGAACAUGUACGCCGGCCUCUACCACCGGACCUUCUCUCUCCGGCUGGUUGAGCUGAGCUCCUCGGAGCUGGAGAUCAACGACUGCAGCUACCUGCUGUUCUGGGUCAACCACUGCUAUCCACAUGAGGUGCUGAAACACAAAGACCUGGAUGGCCACAUAAAGACCGCCUGUCUGGGUUCCCUGCUGCUGCAGGACAGCUUGAACCGUCUGGAGGAGCAGUACCUGAGCCACAGAGAGGAGCAGGUGAAGCUGUGGCUGAGCACGGCUCUGAAGAAGGAACAGGAGAGCUGGCUGAGCGGGAAGACCCCCGAACUCAUCGGCAGUUACUUCUUCAGCCCACUUGCCAUCGACGUCAUACAGGUGAUGAACAGCUCCCUGACCGAGUUCAGCCACACCAUCAAAGACCAGAGCAAAGCUCAGAGGCUCCUGGUUCAACUGGAGAACUUCCUCAGCAGCUACAGGAAGUGUUUGGAGGAGUUUGUGAAGGGUAACCACAGUAACGUGCUCUCAGUGAUCAAGGCUCAGCUGGUGUGUGAGCAGCAGCUCAGUGAUUAUAUAAGUCGUCAAACAGGAAGUCUGUCCGAAGCACAGAGGCAGCGCUGCCUGGACGCCCUCUCUGCUGUGAGGGAUUGUGGGUACAGGUGUUUCACCUGUCCUCUUCAUGACCACACAAAGGCAUGUUUAAGUCAGCUGUGGACGUCUGCCUGGGCUGACGGCUCACUUCCUGUAAUCGGCUCGCUGCUGGACCAUCUGAACCAACAACUGGCCAGUCUCACGGACCUGAAACCAGCCUGCAGACAGUCCCUGUUCUGCGUCCUCUAUCAGAACGUGGUCCGUCAGUAUGUGAAGAAGACGAUGAAGACCAGGAAUAAGAACAGAGAGCAGCAGCUGGCUGGAGCUCAGCGGAUGAAGGAAGAUGCCGAGAAAAUGGACAGGUUCUUCACAGAGGAGGGUUGCAGCGAGACAUCGUGGCUCUGUGUGAUGCUCUGCAGCUUGGCUGAGGUUCUCCGUCUGCAGGAUCCCGCCAGCAUUCAGCUGGAGUUCGUUAAUCUGGCUCGAACUUUUCCUGACCUCAGUGGCCCUCAUGUGACUGCGCUGCUGUCCCUAAAAAAUGGAUUAUCAGCUGCUGACAUUCGCUCCAUCAGGCUCAGCGUGGAGGAGAACCGCCUCCUGGAUGCCUCCACCAAUCAGAGACCUCAGUUCUUCUCCAGUAUUAAAGUAAAAUGGAUCAAAAACAAAAUUAAGCAGAUGGGGCUGAAGAGUUAAAAUGUUAGCACGUUAGCAUUGUUUUUAGCUAUGUGUAGCUGGUGUUUGUUGUAUCUGUCUUAUUGUAUUCUCUGUAUUACUAUAGUAUCAUAUUUAUAAAUGAAGCUUGUGUAUACAGCUGUCUAACCAGGAAACUCAGAUCUCAAAGGAAUCAGUAAAACAGGUUAAACUCAGCUUGAGUUCAGCUUAAGUUUUGAUUUGGUGUUCCUCAGGGUUGAGUGCUGGUUGCCCUUUAGGUUUGCUGCAUUGUGAAAUCAUGUUUUUAGUUUGCUGAUGCAUAAACAAAACUUAGUGUUAUCAAAUCAAGCUAAGAUAAACUCGGGGUUGGAGCUAUUCGUUGACUCGUGGUUUUCCUUUUGACUCGACGAAAUUUGCUUAUUUAUUGGAACAGCGAUUUAUCUCUCUAGACGCAUUUUAAUAAAUGUCUUAGCAACAGUGUUUUUGACUUUCAGUUGAAGUUUUCUAUUGACACAAAUUCCUUUUAACACUUUUUAUUUCAAAGAGAAGCAUCUGCAUGCUAUCAACUUAUGACCCUUGUGAAACUGUUUAUAAUCUGUUAUUCAUAUUCUUGCAUUAAUGUUUAUGUUAUAGCUUAUCUAUAAAGGUGUAUAGAAAAAUGAUAGAUGUGUCUCCAUCUACUUCUGUUGUGCAAAAGUGGGGCCUGAUAUUCUGAUAUUGUAAUAUUUGGAAACAAAGUCUUCAUACCAUGUGUGUAAAAAUUACAAUCAUGGUGUCACAUAAUUCCAUCCAAACAUUUUAGAAACAUUUGUUUUUGAACAUUCAGCAGCUCGGUAAGUACUAAGUAACCCAAACUAUUAAAAAUAUGGUGUUUUAAUUAUUUUGUCAUAUAAAUGUCCUGUUAUAAUAUAUUAAAUGGUGGUAAAUAUUUUUACCUAA